AAAGGUAUAUUUAUGAUAAAUGAGUAGCUUGAAAAAAUUUUAAAAUAAGGCGAAUAUAAUUGAAUUAAAGUAAAAUAUUUAUUCUCAUUUAAUGGGUCUUAAUCUUUGCGUUUAAAUUAUAAAACUUAAGACAUUAUUGUCUCUCGGAAAGCAUUGAUGUUAAUAGAUUUGGGGUUGAGAAAUAAAUGUCAUUUGUUAAAAUAAUAUAUUAUUAUGAUUGUUGCUUGUGUUAUAUUCUUGAAAAAGAUUAAAUAUCAAUCAGCUAUGGAAUGAUGGAUUUAACAUGUCUGAUGCUCAUUUGGAGAAUUUACACCAUAGUGCUGAAUUUUCAUUUUAAAUACCUAAAUUAAGGAUUUGGACUUGGUUUUGAUUUCUCUGAGCCUUGUGGGCUGCUGUGGCAUAGGGCCUAGACUAUUUUGAUACAUUAGCAUUUGCAGGGUAUGAACAAAACUGUAAAGCUUUUUUUUUAGAGGAAGCCUAUAUACUAUAUAUUGAUGUUAAAUUUCUUCCCCAGAUGUACUCGGCGAGCGCCAAAAUUAUCAAGCCUCAGGGCGAGAAGCCAGAUGAAUUUGAAUCAGCCAUUAGCCAGGUAGUAAUUUUUCCUAGCAUAUUUUUACUUUUAAUAAGUAAUGGUAUGAAAAUUUGGUAAUUUCAGGGUGGUAAACUUCAGCGUUGGGUAUGAAAAAAACAUGUUGUUCCGGGUUGAAGUGCUAUUUAAACUAUUCUUUUAUUGAUGUCCCUAAAUAGUACAGUUACAGUGGGGAGGGCCACUGGGUUUUCCUUGGCCUUGACACAUUGAGAGUAGAUACUGUUAACUUGUAAAGUACAUUACAGGAGUGCAUAGAGAUAUAUAUAUCCUUCCAUGCUUACUUUCUAUGUCGGAUAGAUGGGCAGCUUAUAUUAUAUCAACAUCGUCAUCAGACACGAAAUCUACGAACGCUCCGUUGUUCAACAAACUUUUUUCAAUUUAAAUGACACUGACACCCACACACAGUAUGUUGAAAAUAUGUGGAAUCACAUGAAUGAAAAAUUAUUAAAUAGAUCAGGCCUACUUUUUUCUAUUUUAAAAAGGUUGUCUUUUAUGUUAUAUAUGUAUUGAAAGGAAUGUGAACAAUGUCAAUGAACAUUCCCAUGUAUUUUGAUCAAUAUUAGAGAUCGAAGUAAAUCGUAACAUCUUAUCACUAAAACAACAGCCUUUUAAAUAGCACUUCAAACCGGCACAACAUGAUUUUAUUCUUGGUAACCCACCCUCAAGUGGUAGAUUACCGAAAAUUGUAUCCUACAGAAAUUUUGAAUCCCUCUUAAAUUAAUCCGUAUUAACUCUAGCCAGGGUCAAUAUGCAUAGCCCGGCAAAAUUCAUAACAGCAGUGAGCAGAGUUACGAGACGUCAUCUUGCUUGCAAUGUCCCAGUAAACUUCAUUUGGACUUAUUUUUAGUCUGUGUUUGUUGUAAUUCAUAAGACUUGGUGCAUAUUGCUGCAUAGUUGACUGAUGAAAAUUGGGUGUCUUUUUCUCUUUUUUUUUUCUGUCGCUGAGAGUUAAGUUUAUGUUAGCAGUAUAGACUUAUGUCAAGAGCAGCCUCAGCCUAGCCCUUAGUGCAGUGUCACUUAGGGAAUCUUAACCACUAACAUCCCAUUGACCAUUGGCUUGACCAUAAAACAUCCAUAUUAUCCCAAUUUAAGGGAAUAACUCUAAAUUACAAAUUAAGUUCUUUUACAAAUUUCAGCACAUCUCACUAAUUUACUCACUAAUUUCAGACAUGUUGACUCUUGUUGGUUGUAAUUUUUUUUAGAGUUGGAACCAUCCUUCAUCAUAUUAUGUAUUCAUGUUUUUUUUUUGAAAUAUUACAUUUUACCUUAAUUAAUAAUUUUUAACAUCUAUUUGUGCCUUCCUACAGGCUCUCCUGGAGCUUGAGAUGAACUCUGAUUUAAAAGCUUCUCUGUAUGAACUCUCUAUCACAGGAGCCAAGGUAAAUAGUCCGUAGAUGCAAAUUGUCACUGUUGUGGCAUAUUUAGGCCUAUAUUUUCUAUUCUAUGUAGAUUUAUUUUUAAAAAAAAGUAAAAUUAAACAGUAUUUUUUUGAUGAAAUUUUUGAUAUGGCUACUAGUAAUUAUACCAUGUUUGAUUGUAUUUACAGGAAAUUGAUGUGCAGGGCAAGAAGGCAAUUAUAAUCUUUGUACCUGUGCCUCAAUUGAAAGCUUACCAAAAGAUACAAACUCGUCUUGUUCGUGAGCUUGAAAAGAAGUUUAACGGCAAGCCUGUAGUUUUCAUUGCACAGGUGUGUACAUUAUUUUAACAUUUGUUUGAAAAGGGUGGUUGGGGGGGAUCUCAAACCCCUUUCUGACCAAAUUUCUAUGUCUAUAUGAACUUGUGCUGGCUGAUUUUCAUAUUGUCCCGGUAAUCUGAAUGUUGAACAUAGAACCCAGAGUGGCACUCUCAUGAUGGGUAUUAUUUUCUAACAAUCUAGGUCAUCAUUGACCUUUAGAGCUUAUGAUAGUCAACUGUACAUUCCGGUAAAAAUCAUUUUUUUUCCCCUCCCCAAUUUUCCAAAGCCUUCAUAUUUGGUGACAAUAUCCUCUUAAACAUGAUCCCCCGAAUUAAACUUUAUUAAAAAUAGUUGCUGCAAGCACAUACUUUGUCUAGAGCAACAUUUAUCUAGGGAAUCAUUUAAGGAAAAUUGGCUUUCUUUACAACCACAUUCUUUUAUCAUUGUUCAUUCUAACAAAGAGGAAGCUGUGAAUCGGUGCACAUUUGUUGCAAAAAUACCUAUACAUGCCUUAAUAUGUUUUAUUGCUUUACCUAUUUAUAGAGCAAAUGCAAUUCUUAUUUAAUAUAGAUUUUGACUAUCAGUCCCCCCUUCAUGGUUCAUAUUUAAUUACUGUAAAUCCAGCAUUUCUGUGGCAUUGAGAAAUUUUGCAUCCUUGCUUACAUGUUAGUAGAUAUAGAACUCACUGAAUGGCUGUUUUAAAUAAUUUAUUAUAAAUGUCUUGUGUUCAAAUUGUUUUAUUUUUUAGCUGAAAAUGUAUAAUGCAAUCAAAAAACAUUUCCAUUUAUUUGGAUCAAUAAAAGAAUCUUAUAGUGUGAUACAAGUUUAGCGACAUGAUGAAAGUUUUAAUCCAUUCUCUGAAUUGGGUCUAUGUGGAGGAAGCUCUAGAUAAGCCAAGCUUACUUUGACUGGUCAGGGUUUUCUUGAUUAGACAUUGUCUGCAUUGACUUUGAUCCAACACAUAAACCCGAGAGGCUCAUCUCUCAUGAUGGAUUGUUACAAUCUGAUCAUCUGUUGAAAUGUUUGCCAACAUUAUUAAUAAUUUAAAAAAUUUAUCUGGAGUCGGAGUAGCAUCUAAUAACCAUGUUGCUUAUUCUGCAACAUGGAUGCACAACUUUAGUUUUGAAGACCUUCCAAAUAUGCUGAUGGAAGUAAAACCAUAAAGUUCAGCAUGAAUGACUUUUUAAAAGAGUACUAGAAUGUUGGGGGGGGGGGGGGGGGGGUUUACUCAAGAUUUUGUCUGGUUCUAAAUUUUGUUCGGAAGUAAUCCUAGCUGUUAACCCAGGAACUGUGUGUUAUGUUUCUGUACUGUGUUAGCAAUUUAGAGCUUUGGGGUGCCUUUGAAAAAUGUGAUUUUCCACAUGCAGAUACUUGCUGUUUUUUUAAAUAUUUUAUACUCGCAGACCUUUGAGUGACCAAGAAUAAAGAAAAUAAUGAAAAUUUAAAAUUUUCAAGUACCUCAAACUACAAUUUUUUAAAGGCAUAUUAUUAUAAUGUUUAUAUAAUGUUAUAACAUUUGUAUAUAUCUUUCUAAAAAUUGUAUUAUUUGUAUAUGUUUUAGUUAAUAGAUUUUUAAAAAAAAUCCUUCUGAUACCUAUAAUUACGUUCUAGUAACAAAGCACAACAUAAACAAUAAAACAUUACUAAAUAGCAUGAAACGGAUAACAUAAUUUAAUUUAAAUAGUUGCCAAAUAAAUAUAUAAAAUGAAAUAACAUAUAGAACAACAUCCAGUUAUUUUUUGUUGGUAUAAAAUCAUCUGCAACAUAGUUUUGAACGAGUGAUAUUGUUGCUGCAACGCCUACUCGUUCUAGGCGUAGGUCUAAAUCGUCCCGACUUUCGCUCUCUGACCCUCUAGAACUAUAAUUGGAAUUAUCAUUGUCUGUGUGUGAUCGGAAAUAACUAAUAAGAAUUAUCAAACAAAUUCCACUCUGAUUUAUUUUGUCAGCUAGAUGAUCCAGCUAUGGCCUCAUCCAUUUGGUGAAAAUCUACUUACACACAUUUGUUUGAUGAAGAUUGUUGUAAAAAAAAUAACUCCAAAGUUUUUAAAAAAGGACACAGAAGAGCGAAAAAUGGAAGUUUAUUUAUUAAAAGGAAGUAGUUUUAUUUAGUGUAAAAUAUUGGACAGGAAGUUGUUCUUUCAGUACAAUUUUUAUUGGCCUACACAGUACAGAAAGAGGCAACCCACAGUUCGUGGGUUAAAGGAAGAUCUGGGAGGGAGUAGAUUUGUUAAUGAUUAACACAUGAUGGAUGCUAUAGGUGAAUUGUUGUGUUUAGGGGACCUUUAUUUUGAUUCCCACUAGUCUGAGGACAUUGUGUCAAAAGUUGGUGCUGCACCAAAUUUACAAGGUAUAACCAUAGAGCAUGAAGUAUUUCAAUAGAAUUUUAUUUGGUUUUCAGAGAAGAAUUUUGCCAAAACCAACAAGAAAGAGCAAGAGAAAGAAUAAGCAAAAGAGACCAAGAAGGUAUUUUGAGUUUUAAAAUUUGAUGCUGAAUUUUAUUCAUUUAUAUAACUUAUUUUUUUUUAAUGUCAUUGAGAUGACUCAAUGUCAGUGUGCUUCUUAGGUGUUAAGUUUUGAUUUUCUAACAUUUUCUCUCCAGCCGCACUCUGACUGCAGUUCAUGAUUCUAUUCUUGAGGAUCUGUGCUAUCCAGCGGAGAUUUUUGGCAAGCGAGUUCGCGUUAAGUUGGAUGGUUCUAAGAUAAUUAAGGUCCAACUUGAUAAAAGUCAGCAAAACAAUGUGGAACAUAAGGUAUAUCUUAAUUUUUCUAAUCAGAUUGUCCUAACAUCUUAUGCUUUGAACUAGCUCAAGUUUAAGGAUUGUCUGUUGAUUGUAAGAAUUAAUUAAAUUAAUUUCAGGUUUUUUUUUUUAAGAAGUACAUAAGAGAUCCAUAGCAUUUUACAUGUUGAUAAAUUGAAGACCCUAGUGCUUAAAGUCACAUUUUUUGUCAAAAUCUAAACUGGCCUUUUCUCCUCUGGUUUAGCGAGGUGUACUGCAGAAAUUUGAACACAUUAAAAUGUGCACAAGUCCCUUCAAUAAACAAGACAAAAUAUGAAAAUAAUCAUAUUUUAUAGAAGAAAAUUUUUUAAAAACUUGAUCAUGGUAUCUAAAGAUGUGUAUUUUGUGACUUUUAGCACUAAGGUCCUCAGUGACAGAAUUUGGGGUUUUAGCAUCCUUCAAUUCAUGUUUGUAGUUAGGUAGAUAUCAAGUUUGGCAGAAAUGAUGAGAGUAUUAAUCCAUUCUCUGAAUUGGGUCUAUGUGGAGGAAGCUCUUGAUAAGCCAAGCGGAUUUUGACUGGUCAGGGUUUUCUUGAUUAGACACUGUCUGUAUUGACUUUGAUCCAACACAUUAACCCGAGAGGCUCAUCUCUCAUGAUGGAUUGUUAUAAUCUGAUCCCUUGUUAAUGUUUCCUAUCAUAAGUCCCCUUUAUAAUAACUACCGGUAUGUUAACCACCACGUUUAUGUUUUCCAUAACAAUUAAAACUUAGGAAGUGGUGAACUGUGAUUUAUAGGUUUUGGAUAUAUAUGUGUGUAUGGUCAUUAGUUGAUAGAUCAUGUAAUUUUUUAUUCACAAUUAAGUUAAACUUUUUUUUUUUUAAUUUGCUUUGCAGCUGGAUACAUUUACCUCAGUGUACAAGAAGCUUACAGGCAAAGAUGUUACUUUUGAGUUCCCAGAGUUUGUUUUGUAAUAGCUUAAAAAAAAAAAGAAUCAAUUAAAAUGAUGGAAUGAUGUUUUUGCAUUUGGAUUACUUCUUAUUCUGGUUGAAACAUUAUAUUUAUGGAGUUGUUUUUUGUAUGACUAGAUAUUUGAUUAUUGAUUUUAACAGUUUUACCAGUAUCCUUCACUAAGGAUUUCAGAGUGCAGCAAUACCAAAUACCCACUUUAUAUAAAAUUUCUGCUCAGAUUUUAUAAUAUCAUGGGUAAUUUUGGAGACAGAAAAUGUUCAGUAGUGUAAUAGUAACAGUAAUCAAAAAUAGAUUUUAACUUGGAUAUUUGCUUCAUGCUAUUUCAUGCUCUUACUAUUACAUAUCAAUUAUAAAUCGAUUAUGUGAAACAAAAUGUAUGCUGAUUAAAAGUUUAUUUCUCAGUGUUUCACAUGUAAUUUUCUUGCAAAGUUAAUGUGAAGUGGACAUAUAGUCAUAUUUCAUUCAAGCUCAUUAAUUUACAUGUGCCAUAACAAGUCCUAUGACCAUAAUUUGAGUGGUUGGUCUUGAAUACUUUUCCAAGCUUUGUAAUUUCAAAUCAGUGGUAAUGGUAUCAAUAUUUUAAACAGGAAUAUUCAUGUGGUGCAGUUCAAGAUCUUUGCAAGCCUUUUAAUUUUAUAAAGCAGCUCCUAAAUUCCCUUACUUAGCCUCAUUUUCAAGUUUUUCCAAAGUCUUUUUUUUUUUUUUUUUUUACAUUUUUUAGAAUGUUUAAGAUUAAUUAAAUUAAAGAA